UUCCCUUUUGGCUUCUUUUUUUUGAAAUUCCUUAAGCUGCUGACACCUUAGAUUAUCUCUUUGUUGUGUUUCUCUUUUCUCAAAACUCUUUUUUUUUCAUUAAUAAGUGGAUCUUGAUUUCUUUUCUUCACCAAACCACAAUUUGGGUUUUUCUUAAAGAUUCUUCCUUUUUGUUCAUUUACCCAUUUUUAAAGUUUGGAUUCUUACAUCGCCAUUUCAUCUUUCAGUUUUGUUUAAUGGGUCUUGAAAAAGUUCAAAUCUUGGGUUUUGUAUAAUCCAUAUUUUGGGUUUUUGACUUCAUUUGUAAAGGGGUUCUUGUAUAUUGGGUUUUAAGCUUACUUUCAGUUUUUUCUGUGUUGAAUUCAAUUGAUUUUUUAUUUUGUUUUGUUGUCUUGAGUUUUGUUAAGGUACUGAUCAGUGGUCACUAGCUCCAAGACUCUGUUGGGCUGCUUCAUCAGAUUUCUUUAUUCAGUUUCUGAUGUUAAGCUCGACUGGCUUCGUCAUGAACGAGAACAUUUUUAGGAUAUGAUCAUCACGAGUGAAACCGAUAAUAGGAUGACAUCCAAAGUUGGCAUGGAUUCGCCAGAUGAAGCUAGUGGUGGAGAUUUAGGAGAAAGUAUACCACUAAAAAAAGGCCCCUGGACUUCUGCGGAAGAUGUGAUUUUAGUGGAUUAUGUCAUGGCACAUGGUGAGGGGAACUGGAAUGCUGUCCAGAGGCAUUCAGGACUUGCUCGUUGUGGUAAAAGCUGCCGUUUGCGGUGGGCAAAUCACCUGAGACCAGAUUUAAAGAAAGGUGCAUUCACUCCAGAGGAAGAGCGGCGGAUACUUGAACUUCAUGCUAAGAUGGGAAACAAAUGGGCACGAAUGGCUGUUGAGUUGCCUGGCCGCACAGAUAAUGAGAUAAAGAACUACUGGAACACCAGAAUAAAGAAACGACAACGUGCAGGCUUGCCAAUUUACCCUCCAGAUAUUUCUUUCCUGGCAAGUCAGAACAAACAAAAUGAGGAGUUGGGUGCAUUCUCCUCUGCAGAUGCAGAAAAUCCUGAUGUCUUGGGAAUUAACAAUUUUGAGAUUCCUACUGUGGAAUUCAAAACUUUGGAACUCAAUCAUCUGUUGUAUCCGCCACUACUUGGUGAAAUCCCUGCUCGUAGCUUGCUUGAUAAUCCUGUAAGUAGCUCUCUGGCCCAGGGUCAUAGAGCUGCCUAUAGUAGUACGUAUUUCCAUUCUACAAUGCAUCCAUCUAAGCGUAUACGAGGAUCAGAAUCUGUGUUCUCCGGUUCAAAUGGUGAUCUCCUCGCCUCCUUACAAUAUCAGAAUGGCGAUUCUUUGCUUGCUCAACCCUUGGGGUUUUGUUCAUAUAACCAGAAUUUAACAUUUGAUGAUCACCGAUCAUUCUCAAAUGUAGUUCCGGGCGGCCAUGCCUGGUUAAAUGGCAACUCCUCUUCAUCAGAGCCCACAUGGGCAAUGAAGCUGGAGCUCCCUUCACUCCAAAAUCCGACAACAAACUGGGGCUCACCUUCGGUUGAUAUUCUGAUUCAAUCCCCUCCAGCUGGACAUAGUGAAUCAGGUAGUCUGUCACCUAGCAACAGUGGUCUACUGGAUGCUGUGCUUUAUGAAUUCCAAACUAUGAAAGCUUCCAACGAUAACUCACACCAAGGGAACGAGGCAUCCGGUGAUGCAGUCAAUUCAUGUCCAGAUUUCAAAGGAUGGGAAACUUAUGGGAAUCUAAUCUCUCCUUUAAGUCAUUUCUCUGCAUCAGUAUUUACUGAGUACGCCCCUAUCAGUGAAAGCUCAUUACACGAGUUCCCAUCAAUGGCCACAACGCCAGGAUGCAAGAUUAAGCAAGAGAUUGGCGAUCUAGCUCCCUUGGAUGAGAAAGAUGACUCAUCAAACCAGAUGAUCUUUUCCAGUCCCCAGACACAGCAUGCCAAGAACCAUCCGGCAUUGAAAGAUGCUCUUGGUUCUAGCUUUUUCGAUGAUUGUGCCUGGGAUUGCAAGCAAAUCCAUGCAGUAGCCACAUCAUCAGGUCAAGCUUGUGGACACAAUUCUUGUUCUUGGGAUGCCAUGUCCGCUGUGUAGGCAACAACCCGAAUCAGAUUAUGGUACUUUUAAAGUUUUGAUAACGUCUUUCGACACAAAACUUGGCUAUUCAUCUAUUAAAUGACAAUGAAAUACCAUGUAAUAUUUUCCAUAAGCUGGAAACACUUCUGCAUGUUCUUGUGUGCAUUGGUUUAAGGCAAUGUAGAGACAAAAACAAUGAAACAUUUUUAUAUGUGGCAUCAA